UAAAUACUGGUUUUAAAACCUAGUUCAUUUGGUACCUAAUUUCUUCUAUAGUGAUAAAUAUGAAGUUUACAGCUAUAUCUUUUGGUCUAGUUUUGACAUUGGUUCUUUUGUUGGUUCAUAAAGCAGAAGGUGGCGAUGGUUCAAGUGGUAGUGGUGGUCCAAUUAAAAGUGGUAAACGUAUUCGUAAUCGAGGAAGCGAAUAUGUGAGAAGUAAUAAAUACGAUGUUUCAUCUCUCGUUGGCGAUUUUGGCAAUUUUAAUCUUAAGGAACCAUUAGACGAUCGUAGAUUGGAAAAAUGUAGAAGAGAUAUAAAACGCAAGAAUAUGUCAAGCACACUUGCCUAUCUGGGCAAGCUCGGAACAAAGGAGGCAAAAUUGGCAGUUUUAAAUGAGGUGUACCAAAUAUGGGGUGAUGAUAUGCCUGCAUCCAUUAAACCAGUGUACGACCAAUUUAAAUCCAUGUACGAAGGAAUGUAAUAGUCAAUUAAUUGAAAGGUGACACCAUCAUUAAAGAAGUCAACAUCAAUGAAGUCUGGUGCUUUCUAAAACACCCUAAAAAUUGUGUUUUACAUUAAAUUUGUAACAAAGUGAUGUAAUUUCGUAAAAUCACCCGAAUAAAAAAUUAUGAAUAUGUCGGUGUAAAUAA